GCGGUGGUGACGCAUCUUCCACCUACCUAGAGACAACGAACAAACGCAGGUGGCGGGUGGCUCAAACCUAGAAGAGUCUCACAAGCCAAAUGAAGCCAUUGCGUUCCCCCCUUUCGAUCUCUUUGAAAUCCAAGAUUGAACUUUGCACAUUCUCUCUCUCUUCUAAUUAUUCGAAAUGGAGAUUACAGAGCACAACACCGAAUCGGUCCCUACGGGCCAAGACAACUAUUAUGCCGGCUCUUUAAAUAACAAAGAGAGUGACGAUCGCCCUGGAAAGACGGAGAUCUCAACAGAAAAGGGCCAGACUCAAAAGAAAGGAGUACGAUUUUGGGCCAUCAUCGUGGCUAUCUGCGUUGCAGGGCUGUUAACGGCGCUGGAGGCGACCAUCACCUCGACUGCUUUGCCUACCAUUAUCAGUGAUCUGGGCGGAGCAGACAAGUAUGUCUGGGUUGUCAAUGGUUACUUUCUUACCAUGACUGCAACGCAACCUCUUUUCGGCCAGCUUUCCAACGUGUUCGGUAGACGAUGGCCAACUAUUAUCGCCACCGCAGCCUUUAUUCUCGGUAGUGGCAUUUGCGGAGGUGCCGAUAACAUCGCCACGUUGAUAGCAGGUCGAGCCAUCCAAGGUAUUGGUGCUGGUGGGAUUAAUGUCAUGGUGGAAAUUAUCGUCUGCGAUUUACUCCCACUUAGGGAACGCGGCAACUAUCUGGCAUUAAUCUUUGGCCUCAUUGCAGUUGGUACAGCUCUGGGUCCGUUUUUUGGGGGACUAAUCGUGCAGCAUACCACGUGGCGAUGGGUGUUUUAUCUGAAUCUACCCGUGGGAGGCUUCGCGCUUGUGCUCUUGGUCUUAUUCUUGCGAGUCAAAUACCAAAAGGAGACCGCCUUGGCAACCAAAUUAGGCCGCAUCGAUUGUCUCGGGGACGCCAUCUUUGCCGGAUCAAUUGUGUCCACCUUGAUCGCCCUGUCAUGGGCUGGUACAUUGUACCCGUGGUCCUCCUAUCACAUCAUCCUUUCCCUACUUCUGGGGUUGCUCGGGCUCGUUGGUUUCCUUAUCUUCGAAGGAUCCAAGUUUUCGUUGAACCCAACCAUGCCAAUCCAUCUCUUCUCCAACCAAACCUCCCUCACCGCAUUUAUCCUCACUUUUCUGCAUAGUGUGGUCACUAUGUGGGCCCUGUACUUUCUUCCGGUCUAUUUCCAGGGCGUGCUAGGAUCGACUCCAAGCUAUUCAGGUGUACAGUUGCUGCCCACGAUUCUUAUACUUGUCCCAUUUGCUGCCACCGCCGGUUCCCUUCUUGCAAAGUUUGGACGUUACCGCCCCAUUCAUCAUAUCGGCUACGCGUUGAUGACCAUUGGAUUUGGACUUUUCAGUCUUCUAGACGAGAACUCCUCGACGGCCAAGUGGGUGAUCUUUCAAGUCAUCGAGUCGGCCGGGGCCGGCUUGAUCAUUCCGACUUUGCUGCCAGCAGUUCAAGCCGAGCUGACCGACGCCGACAAUGCUUUAUCAACGGCCACCUGGGCGUUUAUUAGAAGCUUUGGACUAAUCUGGGGUACGACCAUUCCCGCUGCCAUCUUCAACAAUCGCUUCGAUGAACUCUCGGCUCGCAUCUCAGACGCAGCCGUCGUGGCCGAGCUGACCGGAGGCAAGGCGUAUGAACACGCAACCCGCACGUUCCUCGAAACCCUCUCUAAUGAUACACGCGCACAAGUCGUUUCAGUCUUUUCCGACGGCUUGCGACGAACCUGGCAAGUUGCCAUCGCUUUUUCCGCCUUUGGCUUUCUUCUAGUUAUCUUGCAGAAAGAGGUCCCGUUGCGCAAAGAAUUAGAAACAGAGUACGGCAUGACGGAAGCGAAAAAGAAGAGCGAAAAGGUGCCACCCACAGACGAGAAUCUACAGACCGAGGCUCAGAUAUAAGUCCGUGUGGUGUAGUCUUACGGUAAGGCAGUGUGUUAGACAGAUUGAAUGGUUCUUUCCAUGAUUUUAUGCUCUUCAGUCAACGUUAGAAGGCCAUACGUACUGUAUAUCUAGGUGCC